CCAUCUUUCCAUCUUCAUCCCUCCAUCGGUGUCUCAGUCUCAUAACCCCUUUCGGUGUCACUCACUUAGCUCACUCCCACUCGCACAUCGCUUGCCCUUGUGCUGGGCCGUACUUACACAUACUCCUUUCAAGCGUCACUCACCAUUCAUUCAUUACUCUUAUAGUCACGAUAGAGAACAUUAUGGCAGACAACGGCAACCCGGAAGUGCCCGGUCAAAGUCCAAACGAUAGCGACAAAGCCUCCGACGAGAGCUCAGAAUGGCAAGAUAUCAACGACACUCCCUCAAUAGACUUUGUCACUCUUGGCAUGUUCAUCAUCGAUGAAAUCGAAUACCCCCCACCCCGUCCCCCAUCCACCAACGUCCUAGGAGGCGCCGGCUCCUACUCCGCCCUCGGCGCCCGCCUGUUCUCCCCAGCUCCGGACCUCUCCCGCACCGUGGGCUGGAUCGUCGACCAGGGCUCCGAUUUUCCCCAGGCCAUCACCGAUCUCAUCAACGGCUGGUCCACCUCUGCCGUGUUCCGACAUGACCCGACCCGGCUCACCACCCGGGGCUGGAACGGCUACGUCGACUCCUCGGAGCGCCGCGAAUUCAAGUACACCACCCCCAAGAAACGACUAACGGCCGCCGACCUGGCCGGAACCCCCCUGCUGAAAGCCAAGGCUGUACACAUGGUCUGCAGCCCCAACCGCUGCAAAGAGUUGGUGGAGGAGAUCAUCACCCUUCGCAAGCGGGAAGCCCGGCUCGCCGCUGCCUCCCGCCCCCCCUCCAAUGCCAACGACGAUGAAGAUGACGACAACAACGACGGCGGCUACACCCGCCCCCUAAUAAUAUGGGAACCAGUCCCCGACCUCUGUACCCCCUUCGAGCUACUCAACUGCACCAACGCCCUCCCGCUAAUCGACAUCUGCAGUCCCAACCACGCCGAGCUAGCCGGGUUCAUGGGCACGGGCGGUCUGGACCCCGAGACGGGCCAGAUCAGCGUCGAGCAAGUGGAGCGCAACUGCGAGCAGCUGCUGGCCAGCAUGCCGCUGACGACGUACACGCUGGUGAUUAGAGCAGGGGAGAAAGGGUGUUAUGUUGCUAGGAAUGGGGGGCAGCGGAGGAGGAAAUCACCACAACCUAAAACGACGAAAAAUGGGAAGGGGAAGGGGAAUGGGGGGAAGAAAAAGAAGGUAUUAGGGCUAGACGCCCGAAACUUCCACGGCGGUCUACAGCCCGACACAGACAUGAUGUCUCUCUUCGCCGGCCUGCUGCAGGACAUGGAAGACCGAGGAAAUGAUGAUGACCCGUUCGGUCGCUUCGAUGUCGAGGGGAUCGAGGUCGAUCCGGGGAUAGAGAGGUGGUUACCUGCUUAUCACACGGACGCUGCCAAGGUGGUCGAUCCUACGGGAGGUGGAAACACGUUUCUGGGAGGGUUGGCGGUGGCACUGGCGAGGGGGAAGAGCAUCGAGGAGGCGUGUGCUUGGGGCAGCGUGGCAGCGAGUUUUGCGAUUGAGCAGGUGGGCGUGCCGGAGCUGGGGAUGGAUGGGGAGGGGAGGGAGACAUGGAAUGGGGAGAGGGUGGAGGAGAGGUUGAGGGGCUAUGUGGAGAGGGUUGGGUUGUUGUGA